AUGCCUCGUCUCACGAUAGCGGUUGUCUCUGAGCAACGGUCAAGCUACUUGCAGGACGGAUUCUCGCAAGAGGACUGCGCAGCGCUCACCCACGAUGGAGAGGUAGAAGGCAUUGUCACCACGCUGAAGAAGCUCGGUCACCACGUCGUUUUGGUCCGAGGGAUCAGAUCGCUCGUCCAGCAUUUAGCAAACAGUGGAGAGAGAGAUUGGGAUCUCGUAUUCAACAUUGCACAAGGAUUCUUUGGAUCCGCGAGAGAAGCCCAGGUCCCAGCUCUCCUGGAGGCCUAUGAAAUUCCUUACACUUUUGCCGAUGCUGCGACAAUUGCCUUGUGUCAAAAUAAAUCGAUCACCAAGAUCGUACUAGAUCAUCAUCACAUUCCGAGCGCGCCAUUCACCGUCAUCUCUACCAGCAAGCACAAUAUUAGUGAUUGUAUACUAGAUUCAGGGUCCUUAACCUUUCCUUUGUUUGUCAAGCUAGCCACAGAAGGGUCAUCCAAAGGAGUCGAUUCGUUCAGCAAAGUCGACAGUCCCGCAGAAUUGAGAACGGCUGUCAAAAAGCUGGCUUUCCGUUUUCCCGACCAUGAGAUUCUGGUCGAGUCAUUUCUCGCCGGGCGCGAGUUCACAGUCAGCCUCCUGGGGACGGGUCCACUCAGCCGUGUCAUUGGUGUUAGAGAGCACGUAUGGCAAGAGUCGUCCUCUUCCGAUCACGAGAAUAGCGACCCGGACACGCAGAACUUUGCGAGCUGGCAAAGCAAGUCUAGUCGAGAUUUCCAGUUGAAGAUAAAAGACUACAAUAUCCAAGAAACAACAGAUCCUCAAAUACACGCUGCUUGCCUUCUUGCCCUCGAAACUUGGGCUGUGCUCGACUGCAGGGAUGCAGGGAGAGUGGAUAUUCGGUUUGAUUCGUGCAAAGCGGAUUCGACCCCGUUUGUAUUAGAGGUGAACCCAAUCGCGGGUCUGCUUCCCGGCCUUUCCCCGUUGCCUGCAAGUGCUGAGGCGAACGGCAUAUCCUUCGAAGAAUUAUUGGUGGAGAUAAUUGAAAGUGCCUUGCUUCGUAUAAGCGCAGUUCAAAAGAAUUAA